UGCGCAUGCGCGGCAGGGCGCGAGACCGUCAUCUGAAAAAUCUGAUGUCAUCCAGCCGGCAAUAUUUUCCUCUCUGUCCUUACGUUCAAUUGCAAUCAUAUUCCACCGCAAUAUAAACAGUGCGUGUAAAUAGUGAAAGUGUAGACUGCGCCUGUCGUUUGAUUCUGUGUGCAUCAUGCAUCUCAAUGGAGCGAGCAGCAGCUGAUCUAGACGGCUUGUUUUGCUGGAUGAAGGUGGACGCUUAGGACACAACAGGUUAUCGGCGUUUAUUGUAGGAGAGAAAUACGAUGUCUGCGAGAGAAAGACUGAAAGAGAAGAUGAUAAAAGAGAGCGUCACACUGCUGCCAUGCUUUUAUUUCGUGGAGCUGCCUUCCCUCCUGGUCUCUUCUAUGGUCAGUGUGUAUUUUUUGGAGUGGGCGGACAUUUUCAAACCGGUCCGCUGGGGUUUCAGCUGUCACGACCGGAGUCUGAGUCUGCCUUAUAUUGAACCCACUCAUGAGGUCAUUCCCUUCCUCAUGCUCCUCCUCCUCACCUCGCUUUACGCAGCUCCUGCCAUCACGGUCAGUCUAACUCUUCAAAUAAUUGACUGCCAGAGAUCUCACAAAUCCAGAGGAGGAGCUGAAGCCGAUAUCAACGCCGCGGGCUGCAACUUUAACUCUUUCGUCCGGCGAGGUGUCAGGUUUGUGGGCGUUCAUGUGUUUGGCUUAUGCGCCACAGCUUUGAUUACCGACAUCAUCCAGUUGUCGACAGGUUACCCCGCCCCCUACUUCCUGACUGUCUGCAAGCCCAACUACACUCACCUCAAUACCUCCUGUGAUGAAAGUUUCUUCAUCCUAGAGGACAUCUGCUCAGGAUCUGACGCCGCUGUCAUCAACGCCGGCAGAAAAUCCUUCCCAUCACAGCAUGCUACGCUGGCAUCCUUUGCUGCCGUGUAUAUCUCGAUGUACUUCAACAGCACGCUGACAGACUCAUCCAAACUGCUGAAGCCUCUUCUGGUGUUCUCCUUCAUCAUCUCUGCUAUUAUAUGUGGACUAACCCGCAUUAUUCAGCACAAGAACCACGCCAUUGAUGUUUACCUGGGCUUCCUGCUAGGAGGGGGCAUCGCUGUUUAUCUAGGUUUGUUUGCUGUAGGAAACUUCCAACCGAGCAAGGAGAAACAAUCAAGUCAUCUUCACAUUCGCGAUUCUCAUCGAACUAUGGCUGACCUUUGCCAGCAAGGUCACCACCUACCAGCCAAGAGCUGCAGCGAUGGCCUCUCAUCUUCCUGCUCUGAGGGCAUCUUGCAUCGCAGCACCCAGCACCACCAGGCUGGAUCUCUUAGCAGCUUGAAAAGACCAAGUGGAGAUGUGGAGGUCAUCACCCGCAGUCCUCCACACAAAGAGAACAUGGUGACCUUCAACACCUUGCCAAGAGUGCAUACGCCUGCCAUGGAUGAAUCUGCUUUCCGCAAUGCCACCAUCCACACCUCCUCUGUAGACUCCAGUCGAUCGAAGCAGCUGCUGAUGCAAUGGAAGAGUAAGAAUGAAAACCAUAAACACUCCCUGCAUGCCAUGGAAGGCGGACCAGGACAGUCCCCUCCAAACAGCAUGGAUGUCCGUUGCAAUUCUGAACCCUCAGCUGUUGGAAUCAAUGGCGAACAUCAAGGACCUGGAACCCCAUACCUAAAAAUGGCAACUGGAAGUUCAACACUACCUAACAACCCCAGUGGAAUUGCUGGUGGUACUCGGAUACCCAUGCAGUCUAGGCCUGGUUCCUCGCAGCUGGUGCACAUCCCAGAGGAGACACAGGAGAACAUGGGUGGUUUGCCAAAUACCAGUAACGCCCGUGACAAAUGGCUUAAAAGCAUGGAGAGGACUGGGGAGAAGGGUGGGGAGGUACCGGUGGUUGGACUAACUCCAAUGGCCAGUCAGCGCAUUAUGCAGGUCAUUGCAAUGUCCAAGCAGCAAGGUCUCCUGCAGGGGAGCUCUCCCAGUUCUGAGAGCAGCAGCCACACAAGCUCCACUGCUCCUCUGCAGCGCUACAAGAGCCUAACUGAGGAGUCUGGAGGUCAAGGCAGCACUGGAGCCAUCAUUCGGGUGGAAGCCCAUCCGGAGAACGGCCGACCCCUGGUGCACGCGCACUCCACGGAUGGAAGUGGCUCCUGGACGUGGAAGUCCCAAAGCAGCUUCAGGCAGUCAUUUGAGCUCAAUGACUUGAAUCGAGACUCUGAGAGUUCAGAAUCCGUGAGGGAUGGGAACAGUUCUACAGAUAGGAAGAAAAAUGGCCCCAAUGCUCCUAAAGUCGUCGCAGUGCCAACUGUCCCUGCUUUAUCUGCAACAGCUAGUGACCACCAUCCCAACCAGACCAUUUCCACCAUUCGGGUCACUCCCAUGGAAAUGACUGAAUCUGGUCCUGAGAGUCGCGAUUCGAGCUUGCGCAGAAAAACUAGGAUCCUUAUUCCUGAAAGAGGAAACAGUCCAGACAAUACCAGGAAUAUUUUUUACAAGGGAACAUCCACCACCCCAGUUUUCAAAGAGUAAUCAGUAAUUAUCUUGACACAAACAGAAAAAAUGAAAUAACCAGAAGACGUUUGGUGUUGUGUAGACACAUGUGCUAGAUUUUACACAUCUUCAAUGGCAUCACCUGUUAUGCAUGAGACGAUUCACUGAUGAUUCACAAUAUGGCAGCAACAAAAGCACAAAAUCCAGGUUUGGUCAGAACUUUGUUUACUUUUGCGAUAACAACAUUGUAAACAAAUGACAGUAUAUCAUAAGGAAACAGUCUUACCUUUAGUGAAACACUGUGAAGCUGGAACUGUGACUGUGCCAAGAUUGAACUGCAACACUGUAUUAAAGUAUUUAACAUCUCAGAUAUCUUAAAAGAUUUUCCAUAUAGUCAUACUUUCACUGAUAACUAUGCUAGCUGAAACUCUUAUUUUUGUAUUCUGUAUAUAACUUUUAAACUUGGUGCUGGCCAAUUCUGAGAACGAUAUGUAAAAACAAAAAGUUAAG